AUAUCUCUCGGUUGUUUGUUUUUUACAUUGUUGACCUACUGUAUUUUCCCUUCACUGAGGUCUCUGCCGUGUAAAAACAAUAUCAUUUUGAUACUAUUUCUCAUGAUAGCACAGUUGAUGUUGUUCAUUCAAAGUUAUAUAGGUUUAAAAGGCUUGCCAUGCGUUUGUUAUGGAAUAGCCAUACACUAUGCUUGGCUAUGCGCAACAUUUUGGAUGAAUAUUUGCUCCUAUCAUAUGUUUCGAGUAUUUAGAUCGUCAAAUGUCGCUUCAAUGUCUUCUUCGACACACUGGAAAAUAUUGCUGAGGUAUGCUUUUUAUGCUAAUGGUGUUCCCACUAUUAUAAUAACAUCGGUUGUCCUUGGAUCGUAUUUUACUUCCGGUACAUUUGGAUAUGGUAAAAACGUUUGUUAUCUCGAUAGUUCACUCUUGAUCAUCUUGGCCAUGGUAUCACCAAUGACUAUCACAAUUGCAUUCAAUUUCGGUUUUCUGUCUUUCACUAUUUGGACAAUAUCAAAAACAACCCAAAUGGCUAAACAAGUCGGAAAAGAUAGGCAUCAUAUUUGGGUUUAUAUCAAACUAUCUACAUUGACUGGUUUAUUUUGGACCGUUUCAAUCUUGAAUAACUUUUUUGCUUUUGGCGCAUUAUCUUACAUUGCUGUAUUCCUGAAUUAUGGACAAGGCUUCUUUAUAUUUCUGUCUUACAUGGCGAAUAAACGCGUUUUAAAUUUGUGGUUAGGAUUAUGUGGUAAACGGUUACCUGAGACUACUUUAUCAACAUCUUCAAAUCACACAGUAAAAACUAAGCUAUGA